GAUGGCCUCAGGCAAAGCACGCUGCACCCGAAAGCUGCGGAGCUGGAUGGUGGAGCAGGUAGAAAGCGGGCAGUUCGCAGGGGUGUGUUGGGAUGACGCUGCCAAGACCAUGUUCCGGAUUCCGUGGAAGCACGCGGGCAAGCAAGACUUCCGAGAGGACCAGGAUGCUGCCAUAUUCAAGGCUUGGGCGCUGUUUAAGGAAAAGCACAAAGAGGGAGACAUAGGGACCCCUGCUGUCUGGAAGACUCGCCUGCGCUGUGCCCUCAACAAGAGUGCUGAAUUUGAGGAGGUUCCUGAGAGAGGCCGCAUGGAUGUUGCUGAACCCUACAAAGUGUAUCGGAUAUUGCCCCCAGGAGCCCUCCCCACCCAACCAAGAACCCAGAAAGUGACAUCAAAGCGACAUCACAGCUCUGUGUCACCUGAGAGGGAAGAGAGGAAGGGAAAGGCGAGGACCAAUGGGAUUGCAAACCACCCAGACUGUGGCAGCACCGGCGGCGGCGGCGGCGGCGGCAGCAGCAGCAGCAGCGGUGGCGACAGCAGCCCCGAGCUGGAGGAAGAUGCCGGCACAGCUGAAGCUGCCAUGCAGGAGGACGCUGUGUUCACGGAGCAUCCACUGCUUCUGACCUCAGACUACUCGCUGCUGCUCACCUUCAUCUAUAGUGGCCGUGUGGUGGGUGAGACCCGUGUGCACAGCCUAGACUGUCGGCUUGUGGCUGAGCCCUCGGCCUCAGAGGGCAGCAUGCUCCAGGUCGUGUUUCCCAAACCUGACCAGUCGGAGCCUACCCAGCGCCUGCUGAAUCAGCUUGACAGAGGCAUCUUGGUGGCCAGCAACUCCAGAGGCCUCUUUGUCCAGCGCCUUUGCCCCAUCCCCAUCUCCUGGAACGCACCUGAGGCCCCACCUGGGCCUGGGCCUCACCUGCUGCCCAGCAAUAAGUGUGUGGAACUCUUCAGGACCACCUGCUUCUGCAGAGACUUGGCCCAGUACUUCCAGGGCCAGGGCCCCCCACCCAAGUUCCAGGCAACACUGCAUUUCUGGGAGGAGAGCCCGAGCUCUAACCACACCCAGGAGAAUCUUAUCACAGUGCAGAUGGAGCAGGCCUUUGCCCGACCUUUGCUGGAGCAGAUUCCAGAGCAGCAGGAAGCUGCUUUGUUCCUGGUACAGGAACACCCACCGGCUGCUUUAGCACUCUGAUGCUCUGGUCUCCUGAAAUAGACUUGUGCUCCGGCGCUGUUGGUCUGCCUGUUUUUGUGAUGCUUCUCACCACGGUGGGUUAUACAAGAUGGCUGACAGGAAGCACAGG